AUGAAUGGUGCGCCAGGGGGCCGCCAGCAUUGUGGGGCCACUCCACAGAAGCGCAACCCAGCUUCAUCAUUCCGUGCACCACCUCAGCAGCAGCAGCAGCAACAGCAUCCAACGACAAUCGGCGCCAUUUUUCCGCAAUCUGAUGAUGCUGCUCCUAAUGGCCAACAUGUGGCUCAUAUUAUUUCGUCAUCACAGACAACACUUCCAUUGGUUACUGCAGCCUCAGCACAACAAGUACCGGCGUCUGCAGUGAGGGAUCCGUCCACGCAUUCUCUUCCAUUUUUGCAUUCAUCAGCCUUACAACAUACAGGCGGCUGGCCGCCUCAGUUUGAUUUACAAAUCCCUACUUUACAGUCUUUAUAUUCUGUGCAGCAAUCAGCGACAUCACUUCGUUUCGGUCAACAUCCCCAUCAGCAAUCAAUCGCAUCACAGUUCUCGUCACCGAUCGCUAACCCUCCACAGCUUCCCCAGCUACAAGCCCCUGCACAGCCCCAACCCCAACAAGCACAGCCAUCUUCUGCGUUGAACGCAUCAUCGGUUGUCGUUCCAUCGCUAUCUGCAUCCUCAUCGCAAACCAACCUACAACAGCCCUCACCAUUACUACACGCACAACAGCAGGCCGCAUCCGCGUCACUCGCCGCGGGCGGCGAGAUUGGUGUGUUGUGCGCAUCGUCACCACGCACGUGUUCAUUUACGGCAGGCGGCAUGCCGAGCGCUAGUGGCACCACGACGAGCAGCAGCAACCUAGCGUCGCAGAUGGCAACCACCGCGGGUGCGGUUCAAAUGCUGGCCGCUGGCGGUUCUUUGAAUCCAGCAUUUCUGGCUCAAUAUCAGCUCUUGAUUGCGGCAGCUGCACAGCAACAACAACAAGCCGCUGCGGCCGCAGCUGCCGCCAUCGCUGCCGCGUCCGGGAACCGUAUGAGCACAUCUCCAUUAGCACCGUUCGAAUCUAAUUUGCAACGUUAUAUGCUGCAACUACAACAGCAACAGCAACUGGCAACUGCCUCGGGACAUGUUGUGCCCUCUUCACCCCUUCAUACUCCGUCCCCUCUUCCCGCACAUAUGCAAGCUGCAAUCGCUGCUUCGUUCCCUCAAUCACCUAUCGGACAGGUAGCUGGGCAGUCGCGUUCGACGGCAACUACUUCACCAACGAAUCCACAAGCUAUAACGCUAGCUAGUCGAACGCUCUCGGAUUCGGCUUCAUGCAGUCAACAGUCUUUGCUUUCCAGAUUAACACAACGUCAAAGCAGCUCAUCACUUACGGGUUCUUCUUCUAGCAGUACAUUUCCUUCAACGUCUGCGCUACAUUCUCGAUACGGUCAUUUAGUUUCCUCAAAGUUGUGCUUCAGUAAUGCAAUAAAAACGGAGUUCUCAUUUGCAGCUCAAAACCGGGGAAAUUUGAUGCCUCCACCACCCAUACCACGUUCGCGACAUGCCUCUUUAUCUCUUCCAUCAACUAGCCAAAUUCGUCAAAGGCCGUCCGCUCUUCCUUAUCAACGUCCUGCGCGAAGCGCUGAUGUCCCUUUCGAAAUGGGCACACUUUGUUCACAGCCGUACUACCCCUCUCAUUUUAUGCGAGGGACAGUGAUACGGUUACAGUCGGGUCAACUGAAACGGGUUGAAGAGAUGAGCACAAGCGAUUUUGUGCUAUCGGCGGCCAUGAAAUCCGAUCUCAGCCUGUGCAACAGCACAGUCGUUAGCAUUCAGGAAGUCGACAAGGAUCGCCAUGUUCUUGUUACGUUUGCCGUGGGAGAACACAACACUCAGGUAUCGAUCGAGGCAGGCAUAGAACAUCCGUACUUUGUUGUGGGACAAGGAUGGGCGUCAUGCAGCCCCGAGCGAACGAGAAAUACAUACGGGUUACAGUGCAAACGGCUCGCUGUCGGUGACGUUUGCAUCACGAUACGACAUUGCGAGAAAGGAGAAGAGGGAGGAGGUGCGUGUUGCUCCUCAACGAAUCCAACAACAACGUUGACUGACGAACCUUCAUGCUCGUCGUCUUCAUCAGUGGAGCGACGUAUUUCAUCGUCCGCUGAAGUGCUAUCGGAUUUUAAACGUGGUCAUUCUAACGAAAUGGGUCGUGGAGAUUCAAAUGGAGGUUGGCGAUCCGCACCUCCAUAUCCGCCCCAUCCGAAUGGCGCUCAAUCUCAGUCGAGGAGGCAACGACACAAAUCCUCAACAUAA